UGAUGGUCUAUAUAAAAAGAAGAUAUCAUUGAUAUCUAAAUGGAAUAUAUUGCGAGUCUUUAUCUAUCAGACUAUCACUAACCGAAUAUGUGGAUGAGAUAAUAUUCUUAUAUAUGUACUAUGAACUAAAUUUGUUUCCCCUCUAAGGAUGUCUUAUUUAGUUAUUUGAAUUCAAAGUUAAGGAAGGAAUAAAGAAGCAGCCUAUGAAAGAUAGAAGAAGAAGAAGACAAUCUACAAACUCCUCUGCAUACUUUUCAUAUGUUUUAAAGUCUUAAAGGUAAUAGUUGUGACUAGUAUGACUACAAAUAAGUGAAUAAUGGAACUUAUGAUCGACGUACACGCUAAAAAUAACUGAACCGUACAUCUACUAUUAAUCAAAUUCAACUAUCCUUUGGUCUGCCGUAAAAAUAACAUAAACAUCCACUAAUCUUAUGGUCACAAAUUAAGUCGAGUGCAUGCACUUAAACUUAUUCGGGUAAAUCCCAAACAUUAGUAGUCUUAUUCAAUAAAACCCCUUAUUAUCACGGAUCAUACAUAAAUAAAACCAUCAUCGAGAUGGAAUAUUGAUCUUGAAGAAAAAGAAAAACCAAAGUCAAAGGAAACGACAGCUUCCUAGUAAUAACUAUUUGAAAGGAAAUUAAGACCAAACUCCAACCUUCAUCACAUUAUGUUGGAUAAGCUUGGCAUCUAUAUAAUAUAUUCCUUUUACUUCUUCUGUCCAUGUGCCCUUUCCUUUUGUUUUUAUUCAUACCACGGCACCGUCUAAAUGCUACACUAAAUAGUCACCUAAUUCUUUUGUUUUAUCGUUCGCACACUAAUGACUAUUUCUUUGCGUUUUAAAUAUUAGUUAUUACCAUACGACGCAGGGAGAAAAGGAAAAUAAUACAGUAGUAGUUUAGGAUACAUUCGCCAAACAAGCAAACGCAUCUCUCAAACACUGGUGGCUCCACUCUUUUUAGUAACAAAUCCUGAUCUUUUGAGCUUAUAAAUAUAUAGUCUUUACACUUUUGUAAAGACAUGUUUGAUAAAUUGAAAAAAGCCGAAGAGAGAGUUUACUCAAUUUAUUUAAUUAAUGUUCAAGUUUCGAAUCAACGAUACACGGACACCAGAAUUACUUUUUUCCUUGAUCUUUACAGAAUCUAAGCCUUUUGGCUUUCAAAUUUCUAGGCCCGUUCCGUCACUUCGCAAGUAAAGAAUUCCGCAUUGUUUUGCUUGUUUUCAUGUUUAGCUAUACAUAUGGUUAGAUUAGUUCAAAUAUGAUACCACUGAAUUGAUAUAUAUACAAUAUAUAUCAAAGGGUGAUUUAUGUUCGGUUAAUAAACUUUUUUUUUGUAACAAUGUUCGGUUAAUGAACAUGUUAAUGUUAGAUGUACAUAUAGAACUAUAUUUUUAUGUAAACUUAUAUAGCUUCAUGUAACUGGUAUAUAUGAUGAUUCAAAACAUCAACUGCAUGAUUGGUUGGUUGAUUGUGUAAUUAUACUGUACAUUCCUAACUAUUAUUAUAUUCAACAAUUAACUUUGUUUUGAUAAAAAAAAAUUAUAGCUUGUAAACUUUGCAAUUGUGGUUUUAAGAAGAAAAAAAGUUUAUGGUCAAAAAUAUAGAACUAAAGUUUUAGUGGGAUCUGCUCGAAUUAAGUGACAACGAAAACGCAUUAUUGACUUUCAAAACUUUGUAACUGCAUAGAUUUUAUACAUAUGUCAAUAAUACAGCCUUAUUUUGAUAUCGCAUAUAUCAACCAAAUCAAACUUUUAUAUAAUUAUUAUGACUACAAAUAUAUUAGUUGACAAAAAUUGUGUGUAACAUGUUACCUUUUUUAUAAUUUGACUUUCUUAAAGUCGAAUAACGAAAUGGUUGUUCUAAUAUAAAAAUGUAGAACUGAGGGUUUCAGUGGGAUAUGCUCAUAAGUGACAACCCAUAACGCAUUAUUGACUUUCAAAAUUAUGUAACUGCAAAAAAUUUAUAAUCAUGUCAAUCCAACCUUAUCGCAAAUAUCAUCUAACCAAACUGUUUGAUAUUUAUAAAAUAUCUAUUUAUACGUUGACAAAAAAUGUAUGUAAUAUGUUACAAAUCAUAUUUAUAAUUUGACUUUCUUAAAAUAAAACAACUAAAAAUGCUAUAAUAUGCCUAAACCAAACAUUCUUAUAGCUAGAAUAUGCUUAUAAUAUUUGGUUUAGGCAUAUUAUAGCAAAGUAUAUCCGCUACUUAAUAUUUUUGUAAACAAUCAGAAGAAUAAUUGCGAUAAUAUGCCUAAACAAGACAUUAUGAUGAAAAAGCUUCCUACAGUAUAGAUUAAAGUUUAUCCACGCCUUGAAGCCAAAAAUAAAAUGCUUAAUCCAUAAAUUAAUCUAUUUUAUCUAAAAAUAAUAAACAACAAAAAUUUACCGAAAAAAAUAUUCAAAUAGUUAAAGAAAAAAAAGAGACCGCGUCUCACGUUGACUUUCAAAAUCCCCGCGCCGGUAUAAUUCCACACGCCUUUUCUUCCUUCCCUAUCCAUUAACUUCUCUAUAUAUAUACUUCUCGUAAACCUUCUCUACUCAUCAAAACAAAUUUUAGAAUAUAUUUUUUUAAAUAACAAUAAUCAAAACAGAGAGAAGAAAAAAAAAUGGUUGAUACAGAUUGCAAGAGGAAGCUGGUGUCACCGGACUUACCUACCAAGCUCCACGUCACCAUCCCUUCGCCGUUCAAGCUCCCCGUCUCAUCCCCCAUCUCCUGCUCCGCUCCUUCCUCUUGCUCCGCCUACGAGCUCUACCUCCGUCUCCCCGAGCUCAGAAACCUCUGGUCAUCACGUGACUUCCCUCGCUGGUCGCAUGAGCCUAUCCUCAAACCGUCUCUCCAAGGUUUAGAGAUCACUUUCAGAUUGGUCUUAGCCGUUUGUUCCGACAAUAGACCGUACAUCAACCACCGCGAAUGGAACCGACGGUUGGAUUCGAUCCUCACGUGUCAGAUCAAACUCAUAUCAUCCAUCUCCGAAGAAGAUGAAGCAGCUCCUGUCGGGAAUGAACGAAGCACUCUCAGCUUGCUACCACAGCUAGCCACGUGGCGUAAGUCAGAAGCCUUUGGGAAGAAGAUCUUAUCCACGAUCGAUAAGGAGAUGAGGUUCUCUAAGUACACGCUCGGUCUCGGUGAACAGAACAUCUCCGGGAAACCUAAUCUCCAAUACGACGCCGUUUGCAGACCGAACGAGUUAUACAGCCUCAGGAAUAAUCCUUACGCGGAUCAUAUCGAUAACAACGAGAACGAAACGUUAUACAUCCUUCACCAAAUCAUAGAGUCAUGGCUCCACGUGUCUUCAAACCUCUUGAAACGUAUCAACACGAGUAUUGAUAAAGGGAGGUUCGGUGAAGCGUCGAGAGACGUCUACUUGGUGGAGAGUAUAUGGAAGCUUCUUAUUGAGGUAGAAGAUCUUCACCUCCUGAUGGAUCCUGAAGACUUUCUUAAACUCAAGAAGCAGUUGCAUAUCAAGACGGCCGGUAAAAACGACGCGUUUUGUUUCAGGUCGAGAGGUUUGGUGGAGGUCAUGAAGAUGUCUAAAGGUUUGAGGGAGAAGGUGCCGUUUGUGUUGGGCGUUGAGGUGGAUCCCACGGGAGGACCGAGGCUGCAAGAGGCGGCGAUGAGGCUUUACGCGAGGAAGGGAGAGGAGUGCGAUAAGAUUCAUUUGCUUCAAGGGAUGCAAGGUGUGGAAGCUGCGGCGAAGAGGUUCUUCUUCGCGUAUAAGCAGGUGGUUGCGGCGGUGAUGGGGAGCGCGGAGAUGAACACGGAGUGUGACUCGGUGAGGCAGAUAUUCAUGGAGCCGACUUAUUUCCCGAGUCUUGACGCGGCGAAGACGUUCUUGGGAGAGUUCUGGAGCCACGUUGGGUGAUGAAAGAAAGGAGGAACAUAACAAUUCUUUUAAAUACCGCUUUUUAUUUUUAUAUAAAUUGGUGAUUAGAUGUAACUUCAUGAAAUUUUGGAAUAUUUGAAUACAAUUCAUUUUAUACGAUC